GUCAAUGCCGGCAAAUGAGAUCGACAAACCUACCUGCAUCUGCCGGGCAACGCCAGGAGGGACCAAUAUGACCUCGCUCUCCUCCCUAGUGUUGAUAUCAAUCCCCUGGCUCGCGCCGGCCUCGACAGCCAGUCCGCUCCAGGGAACCAGCAACCGAGAUGCGCAUGGCCCUUUGGGAGCACUGCGCGCCGCCGGCUUUCGCGAUGCGGUUACAACGCACGCUAUCCCGAUGCGCCGACAGCGCCUGGCGCCAUCCACAACACACCCGGCGCUCCACCUACGGGCCAAUGUUCCGGCUCGGCUGAGGAAUGUCUACGACGUCUACUACAUCAUCGACCUCCAGGUCGGGAACCAGACCAUCCCGGUCAGCGUCGACACCGGGUCCAGCGACACGUGGCUGGUGCAGGAGCCGUACGAGUGUGUCUCUUUUUGGUGGGAUGGUCCUGGUACUACACCCAACUGCGGCCUAGGCUCCGGCCUGCAGGGCAACCUAUCCGGCGGCAUCCUGCCCGACCUGCCGCCGUUCUUGCGGUCCUACGUCGACGGGACCUUCGUGCGCGGGUACUACGGCGUCGAGGACGUGGCCAUCGCGGGGGUCACGGCGCACGCGCAGCGGCUGGCCAUCGUGAACCAGGCCUACUGGCACGGCGACGGCCUGACCUCGGGCCUGCUGGGGCUCGCCUACCCCUACCUGACCAGCCUGGACGGCGCCGAGGCCAACCAGCCGCCGUACGACCCCGUGUUUACCACCAUGUGGAAGAGCGGGGCCAUCGAGCCGGUUUUUAGCAUUGCGCUCUCGCGGAGUGGGGAUCAGGGGGAUUCUAGUACUAGUACUAGUACUAGUUCCGGGAGUGGGAAGAAGAAUGAGGAGAAGAAGAGUGAGGAGGAGGAGGAGGAGGAGGAGGAGGAGUCGUACCUCGCGCUGGGGGGCUUGCCGCCUGUGGAAGUCGACGAGACGACGUGGGCCAGGACGCCCAUCCAUGGCAUGAAGGCCGUGCCGCAGUGGGGGUUUGAGACGGACGAGAAGGGCAUGUACAUCAUCAAGCCCGAUGCGUUUGUCGUGGAGAAGGCGGGUAAUAGUACCAGCUCGGGGGAUGUGAUCAGGAACACCACUCAGAUCCCGGUGCUGAUCGACGUGGGCGCGACGCUCAGCUACCUGCCCAAGGCGAUUGUCAACCCGCUCUACGCAGCCUUCGACCCGCCAGCGCAGUAUCUGAGCUCGGGCGGCCUGUUCUUCGCGCCGUGCAACGCGACCGUGCCCAGGUUCGGCGUGCAGAUCGGCGGCUCGACCUUCUACAUGGCGCCCGAGGACCUGCUGCGGCAGACCGCGCGCGACCCGACGGGCGAGUGGUGCCGCGUGGGCUCCGAGAUGCGGUUUGCGGCGAGGCACAAGUAUUAG